CUGGAAGUGUAAGACUAAGAGACAGGUGCAUGAAACACGUAAUGAAAGAUGACGGAUGAUAAUAUCGAAGACUGUAUAAGUAAAAAAUAUACAAUCAAGAAGCGACUGGGAAAAGGGGCAUAUGGAAUUGUGUGGAAAGCCGUGGACAAGCGAACAGGAGAAGUAGUGGCUGUAAAGAAAAUAUUUGAUGCCUUUCGAAAUAGGACCGAUGCUCAAAGAACAUUCCGGGAAAUCAGCUUCCUACAGGAAUUCUCCGAUCACACAAAUAUUGUCAAAUUGCACAGCGUGUUAAAGGCAGAAAAUGAUAAGGACAUCUAUCUCGUGUUUGAAUAUAUGGAGACGGACUUGCACAAUGUGAUAAAGAAAGGUGGUAUACUGAAAGAGAUCCACAAACGCUAUAUCAUGUACCAGCUGUUCAGGGCAGUAAAGUAUCUGCACUCAGGGAAUGUGAUCCACAGGGACAAUAAGCCGUCAAACAUCUUGCUGGAUGCUGACUGCACGGUGAAGCUGGCAGAUUUCGGACUCGCGCGGUCACUAGCUCAGCUCGAGGAUGACGAAGUAGACCCGUGCUUGACGGAGUACGUUGCCACCAGGUGGUAUCGCGCUCCUGAGAUCCUGCUCGGCUCUCACAGGUACACAAAGGGUGUCGAUAUGUGGUCAUGUGGCUGCAUACUAGGAGAGAUGUUCCUGAGUAAGCCGGUUUUCGCAGGCAAAUCAACCAUCCAUCAAAUAGAGAAGAUCAUGACCAGUAUACCCACUCCCUCUCCCACAGAUGUGAUGUGCAUAGGAUCUUCAUAUGGUGCUUCUGUUGUGGAGAAGGCAGCGAGAAAGCCAAAGAAGCCGCUGGAUGAGUUGCUAGGCAACGUGCCGGCAGACGCGCUGGACCUCGUGCAGAAGCUGCUGGUGUUUAACCCGGACAAGCGCCUGACGGCAGAGGAGUGCCUUGCUCACCCGUUCGUCGCCAAGUUUCACAAGCCGAGCGAUGAACCCAUUGUUGGCUACAACGUGCUGCCACCUAUCAGCGAUCACCUGCAGCUAUCAGUGUCAGAGUACCGGGGCAAGUUGUACGAGUUCAUCAGACAGAGGCGAACGCGUCAGCGUCGGCAGAAGCUUAAGCAGACGCAUCCGUCCACCUCCUCCGGCAGUCCCACCCCGCGCACGCCCAGCAACGCGCGCACAGCGCCACCUGCCGACAGCCAGAGAAGAGAAUCACUGAAGGCUAUCGCAUCCAACGCGACCGGUGAAGGUGAUGCACCCUCGGCCGUGGCGAGAGUGAAGGGAUCUCAUGUUGCCUGGGCGAAGGACACGGGUGUCAUACCCAACCACAGGAGGUCCAGACCUGUGUCUGCCGCCAUCACGGCAUACGUAAGCGCGCGCUGUCACGCGUAAAAACACGGUGGCAGUCCCGU